UUUAGCAUUGCAGCAAAUCCGUGAGUUGAGUCUAUCGUUACAUCCUGACAAUUUGGCUGCUUAGAGAAUCUGCCGCUCCUCCUCCUCCUCAUGUGGUGCUCCAGAGGCUGGGAUCUGGCUAAUAUCUGGAACCAGUGAUCCAUAGCAGCAGCCACACUUCCUUCUGUGGUCCAGCAACAUACCAGUACCUUUCCCGGGACGUGGUUAAUCUCUGGAUCAGCAUGUCUGGCAUGUUCUGCUUCUGCCUGCAUAGUUCGCUGCUGAAGCUCCAGGCGCUGGAGGUAGAGGGGGGCCCGUCGCUGCGUCCGUCCCCAGAGGAGAGCCCCCCUGCCCUGGGCAGCAAGGAGCAGAAGAGCCCCUCUGGCCCGAUGGAGCUCGGAGGGAAGGAAGGGAAGACGCUCGCUCUCUGCCACGGCAUCCCCGCGGACGAAAACAGCCCCCCAGAGCUGCUGCCGGUCCUGAGCAGACCUCUGUCUCCCCGUCCCACGCCGUUAACCUCCAUCUACCCUCAGCAGCCGCUGACUGAUGGCUCCGCCCCCCACCCUGACGGAGCCCCUCCCCCCAGCCCUCACCCCCCAGCAGAGGGAGGAGGAGCUCUGCUGCAGCUGCUGGGGGGCGGAGCCAGCCCUCUGCCCUCCCCCCGCUGCCCCAGCCUCAGCCACCGGUUCAACUCCGACCCCGACAGCGCUCCCUCGCCGCCCUGCAGCCAGCAGUACAUACUGUGUCGGGGUCCGGACCGGACCGAGGGCUCGGAGGACCCAGCCUGCCCCCCCAGCAUCCCGUCCCUCACCAGACACAUCCAGGCUCUGAAGAAGAAGGUCCGCCGGUUCGAGGACCAGUUUGAACAGCAGAUGAACUACCAGCCGUCCCACAACGAUAAAUACUCCAACCCAGAGAUGGUCCGAGUGAUGGGGGAACUGGCCAAGGCUCGCAAACAGCUCAAAGAGAAGAGACUGAGACAGUCGGUGUUUGAGUCCGAGGAGCCGGACGGACCGGAGAGCAGCUGCAGGUCGGCUACUGACCAGCAUCCCUCUCUGGAGGAAACGGUGGAGUCUCUAUUCAGACGUCUGAGAGAGAAGAAACAGGCUCUGGGUCUGCCAGAUGACACCAAGGAGAUGACUCAGGCUCAGCUGGUGCUGGAGAAGAUCACUCUGCAGAAAUGUCUGCUCUACUUUGAGAGUCUGCACGGCCGAGUGGGAAUGAAACAGAAGAACGUGGUGAAGCCGCUGUACGACAGAUACCAGCUGAUCAAACGUUUACUGUGUGCCAGCCCGACUAUCACCACCAUAGAGGAAGAGGACGGUUCUGAUGAAGACUCCCCGCCCGCCGCCACCCCUCCCCCCCGCAGAGCGUCCAGCGAGCUGGACGGCCAGCAGCGGGACGGUGAGCAGCAAGAUGGCGAGCAGCGGGACGGCGAGCAGCAGGACGGCGAGCCGGCCUUGGUGUCCCCGUUAGCCGAAGUGAAGAGCGUCCGUCCGCUGGCGGCUCUCACCACGGCCAACCUGCACGAAGCCUCCAGGUCUGAGCUGCUGCGCUGUCUGCGCCAGACGAGGACGGAGAAGAAACUGCGGCGUAAAGCUCUGAGAGAGUUCGAGGACGAGUUUCACCGUCAGACAGGAAGGAUCUGCCAGAAGGAGGACCGUACUCCGAUGAAGGAGGAAUACCAGGACUACAAACAGCUGAAAGCUAAACUCCGUCUGCUGGAAGUCCUCCUCAGCAAACAGGAAGUCCCCAGAUCCAUGUGACAGGAAACAGGAAGUCCCCACACCAAGGUGACAGGAAACUGAAGCGGCCAACAGCCCUGAAACGACAGAGCGGAGGCUAACGUAGGCUAACGUAAGCUAACGUAGCUCCGACUCAGCUACUACGUCUACAGUAUGUCAUUUCAGAGCCUGGGAUUGGCCGACAGUUGAACAAAUCACUAUUCUUAUAAAAUGC